AGCAGGUACUUCUUGUUAGGCCAAGUUCAGUUGCUUUUGCUGUUUGGAUUAAAACGUUAUGGGCAGCAGCUGAGGUGAACGUCGUCCGAGAUUGCUCUAGACUCAGCCCUCCACUAUCUGAAGCGUGAGCAUCUUCUGCCAUUCCAGACUGGACCAGUCUUAAAAGCAAAGGCAAUGGCGUUUUAUCCCCUGCAAAUUGCUGGGUUGGUUCUUGGGUUCCUCGGCAUGGUGGGGACGCUUGCCACGACCCUUCUGCCUCAAUGGAGAGUAUCGGCUUUUGUUGGCAGCAACAUUAUUGUCUUUGAAAGGCUCUGGGAAGGGCUCUGGAUGAACUGUAUCCGACAAGCCAAGGUCAGGCUGCAGUGCAAGUUCUACAGUUCCUUGCUGGCGCUCCCGCCUGUGCUGGAAGCGGCCCGGGCGCUCAUGUGUGUGGCCGUCGCUCUCGCCUUGAUCGCGCUACUUAUUGGCAUCUGCGGCAUGAAGCAGGUCCAGUGCACAGGCUCCGACCAGAGAGUCAAAGCCUACCUUCUGGGGACUUCGGGAGUCCUCUUCAUCCUGACAGGCAUCUUCGUUCUGAUUCCAGUGUGCUGGACAGCCAACAUCAUCAUCAGGGAUUUCUACGACCCAGCCAUCCAUGUCGGUCAAAAGAGAGAGCUGGGAGCCGCUCUGUUCCUCGGCUGGGCCAGCGUUGCCGUGCUCUUUAUCGGAGGGGGCCUGCUCUGCGGGUUCUGCUGCUGCAACAGGAAGAAGCAAAGAAGGCUCAGAUACCCAGCCCCUGAGUCCCGCGUGCCGCGCACGGAUCCGCGCAGGAACUUGACCGUGCUCAGUAAGACCUCCACCAGCUACGUCUAACUGCGGAGUGCGCUCAGUGUGCUUUAUAAGGUCCUUCCAGAAACUGUAAGUACACUCGGCAGGAGAACUGGCCUUAUGACUGGAUCUAAACUGAGAUGAAAAUUUCAGUUUGCCACCUAAGGUAGCAAGUAAGACUUCCUUGACCAUUCUGACCCCCUGUGUUUUAAAUGCAUUUACUAUCAUUGGACUUAUUCCCCAUUCCAGUUUGCAAAAGUCAAGUAUGUUUGCAACCACCAGCAGAUGUACAAUGAUAAAUUAUUCACUUAUUUUUUUUACCAUAAUAGAUUAUCUGAUAAGAACUAAAAAUGCAAUUAGUAAUCCAUACCAAUAAAGCAUAUGCAUUUUCCAAAACCUAGUCUGUUAUUUUCCCUUCAAAUUAUUUCUUAUACUGUAUAAAUGGUGAUUUUUAGUUU